AUGCGUGAAGUCGAUGAAAACAAACAAUUCAUAUGCUUUUACCGUUUUACGAGAUGCAUAGAUUCUCUCCCAUAGUCGAGUUUCUUCUUCAACGCCAAGUUUGCUCGCCUUCUUCUCAAUUCAAGUCUCGCUUUGACUUGAUCCACAGAAGCUUUCACGUUUCUAAAGCUCUCGAAGGUAAUUUCCGGACAAGUGGUUUAGUUUGUCUUGAGAAGAGCCACAACGAGCGUACGAAGAACUCCAAGUACGAUGCAUUCGCUAGUGAUGUCGAGAGAGCCUACAGGAUUUUGCGGAAAUUUCAUUCUAGGGUUCCGAAGUUGGAACUCGCGCUUGACGAAUCCGGUGUUGAACUCCGACCCGGGUUAAUCGAACGUGUUUUGAAUCGUUGUGGGGAUGCUGGGAAUCUAGGUUACAGAUUCUUCGUCUGGGCGGCGAAGCAACCUGGUUACUGUCACAGUAUCGAAGUGUAUAAAUCAAUGGUGAGAGUUCUAAGUAAGAUGCGUCAAUUUGGAGCCGUUUGGGGUUUAAUCCAAGAGAUGAGGAAGGAGAAUCCGCAAUUGAUUGGACCGGAAUUGUUUGUGGUUUUGGUUCAGAGGUUUGCGUCUGCGGAUAUGGUGAAGAAAGCUAUUGAGGUGCUCGACGAAAUGCCUAAUCUCGGUUUAGAACCGGAUGAGUAUGUAUUCGGGUGUCUGCUAGAUGCUUUGUGUAAGAACGGUAGUGUUAAGGAUGCUGCAAAGCUCUUCGAGGAUAUGAGAUUGCGUUUUCCUCCGAAUUUGAGAUAUUUUACUUCGUUGUUGUAUGGUUGGUGCAGCCAAGGGAAGAUGAUGGAAGCUAAACAUGUUCUGGUUCAGAUGAAGGAAGCUGGGUUUGAGCCUGACAUUGUUGAUUACACCAACUUGCUAAGUGGGUAUGCUAAUUCUGGUAAAAUAGCAGAUGCUUAUGAUCUUUUGAAAGAUAUGAGAAGAAGAGGUUUUGAACCGAAUGCAAACUGUUACACUGUUUUGAUCCAAGCAUUGUGUAAGGUGGAUAGAGUGGAGGAGGCAAUGAAGGUAUUUGCUGAGAUGGAGAGGUUUGAAUGUGAGGCUGAUGUUGUGACUUACACUGCAUUAGUUAAUGGGUUCUGCAUAUGUGGAAACGUUGAUAAGUGUUAUAUUGUGUUAGACGACAUGAUAAAGAAAGGGCUCAUCCCGUCCCAACUCACCUAUAUGCAUAUCAUGACGACUCAUGAGAAGAAAGAAAAAAUUGAAGAUUGUUUGGAGCUGAUGGAGAAGAUGAAGCAAAUAGGGUAUUAUCCUGAUCUUGGCAUUUACAAUAUCGUCAUCAGAUUGGCUUGUAAGCUAGGAGAAGUUAAGGAAGCUAUUCGAUUGUGGAACGAAAUGGAAACAAACGGUUUGAGACCUGGAGCAGAUACGUUUAUUAUUAUGAUCAAUGGUUUAACGAGCCAAGGUAUUUUACUCGAAGCCUCUGAUCACUUCAAAGAAAUGGUAACUCGAGGACUGUUCUCCGUUCCUCAAUACGUAACCUUGAAGUUAUUGCUAAAUACCCUUCUAAGAGACGAGAAGCUUGAAAUGGCGAAAGAUAUAUGGAGUUGCAUCACGAGUAAAGGGUCUUGCGAGCUGAAUGUAGCGUCUUGGACAAUAUGGAUACAUGCCUUGUUCUCAAAAGGUUAUGAAAAGGAGGCGUGUGCUUAUUGUCUUGAAAUGAUGGAGAUGGACUUCAUGCCGCAACCAGACACAUUUGGUAAACUUAUGAAGGGGUUAAAGAAACUGUAUAAUAGAGAAUUCGCUGUAGAGAUUACAGAGAAGGUGAGGAGUAUGGCAGUUGAGAGAAACAUGAGUUUUAAGAUGUAUAAGAGAAGAGGAGUGCAAGAUUUGACUAAGAAAGCUAAAUCCAAAAAAGAAGAUGGAGAAGGGAAGAAGAAAGAGAGGACUCAGUAAAAUACUCAUUUUGUUUUGUUGAGUCAUAGUACACUGUACAGUGCAUGUUGUUUUUUUAAACCUUGCAACUUGUAAGUGUCGGCAAAACGGCAAGAAGUCUGAUUGUUAGUUAAA